CAGUUUACCGCAAUGACCACGCUCAACAAGAUCAUUGAUGCCGCAGUGGUUCACCGCAUCGGCGACCUUGUUAUUGUACCAGAGAACCAUCUGCUGCCACCUGGGAGUGACAGGAAGUGGAAGCUACAGGUGGGUGUGGUGGAAGGCAGCAGCACACAUAGUGGACUGGGUCGUCAGGACAGCAGGACUGGCAGUGUGUUAAGUGGUGACGGGGGCAGUUCUAGCACCGUGGGCACCCCUGACUCUAUCCCUGGCAGGGGCAUCGUGGGUCACUAUGGUCAGUGGAUGCUCAUGUGGCGCCAGCACGCCACCAAGGACGCCACGGACGCCGACAAGGAGCAAAACGUCACUAUUAUUGGUAUGUAUGGUAGUGGGCAGUGUGCUGUAAGGUGGAGGUGUGGUUAG